AUGGGUAAAAGAAGAAACAACCUGUUGGACGAAUCCGACCUUGAUUCGAGCUCGAACGAUUCUAGCGCUGAUGACGACUUUGAAGAUGGUGAUUUGAAAGCAGCAAAUGAAUUAUUUCGCGAUCCUUAUCAAUCGAAACGAGCAAAGAAAAUGAGAAGGGAUGGCAAAGAAGAUGCACUUUAUGGUGUUUUUGGUGAUGAAGAAGAAGAAGAGAAUUCAAGAAAAUCAAAAAAGGUUGACAAACGUUUGCACAAGACUCCAUUAUUCGUACCAUCCACGUCGAAAGACACCCUCGAUCCAGAUGUAUCAGCUCACGAGUCUUCGAUCCAAGGUCCUGGUACUCAAGGGGGCGAAUCUGACUCAUCUACGAGCUCUGGGGAUGAAUCUGACCAAUCCGACUCUGAAAAACAUGAUGAGAUGGAGAACACUGCCGCCAUGGAUGAGCAAGACGAUCCAGACAUGGGCAAUCUCAACCGUCCCAAACUUGGUCUUGGGGCAGGCCUGGGUCUAGGCGCGUCAGCGUCCAACAACGACUUUCGCGCUAUGUUGAGUUCAGGAUCAACGAACCCCGGCUUGAGAAGAGCAGGAAUCGGUUCAAAGACCACCGAGUUGGACAAUCAAGCCAUCAACGAUUCCCCGAUGAAAGGAAAUUCAGAAGCCGAGGACUCCCCAUCUUUACCACGGCGAUCGUUCCUUGGCGCUUCAGCCUCUGAGUCCAUGCAACCCAUAGUGCAAAAGAAGCCUCUCUCUCGAGCCGAGCAACAGCAUUUUGACAAACUUGCCAGUAGCAAACACUCAUCGAUGGGUCUCAAGAUGUUGGAAAAGAUGGGAUGGAAGUCUGGAACCGGCUUGGGGGCGAAAGGUGAAGGUAUCGUAACGCCAUUGGAGAGUAAAGUAAGGCCAAAAGGAAUGGGUCUUAGCUACGAAGGAUUUGAAGAACGUACGAAGCAGGCCAAAGAGGAAGACCGACGGAGUGGGAAGAUUGUUGAUGAUGACGAAGAUCGAAAAGGUAGAAAGGUUGAUCGAUCCCAAAAAGAAACCAAGGUCGUCCGAGAAGCGUGGAAAGCGAAACCGAAGGCGGAAAAGAAGAAGAAUAAAGUAAUUCAUCGAACUUAUGAAGAUAUUAUAUCUGAAUUAGCCGAUGAUCCAGAAAAUGCAGGCUUGAAUUCGGGAUUAGGUGAAAUUAUUGACUUGACAGGUCGUAAACUUCCUAGUUUGAGUACUACAUUACUCCAUCAUUCUAAAGGACCCACCGAAGAGUCAAAAGAACAACGAUUACCUGAAUUGAUGCACAAUCUUGCAUUGAUUUGUGAUAUGGGCAAAGGAAAUCUUAUCAAUCUGGCUAAGGAGGGAAGUGCAAUCAAACAGAAACAAGAACAACUGGCCAAGGAUCGAGCCAAAUCGGCAGAAAUGAUGAAGAUCAAAGAAGAAAAGCUUAACAAUAUGAAAAGAAUUAUCGCCAUCUCAUCCAAGAUCAAGGCUACGUAUCUUAACAUCCUCAGCAUCAUCAAACAAGAUACUCAGGGUGCAGAAAUAUGUGGCAUGUUGGAACAAUUCGAUGAAUCUUUCAAUGAGCUCUUGGAGUUUUUUCAAGAUGAUAAACGGGUGGAAUAUGACGAUAUGAACUUGGAUGAGGUCGCAGUCUCUGCUCUCGCUCCAAUUUUACGACGCGUGUGGCAAAAUUGGGACGUAUUGCAACAGCCCAACCUCUCUGUCGCAGAAUUGAAACGCUUUAAAAAAUGCUUUCGCCUGGAGAACAAUUCGAAUAGUUCACACCAAGGAAAUGCGGAUGACAUUACGAGCUCUAUGGAUUUUUAUUAUGACAAAGCGACAAGAAACCCCAACGUCAACCGCAAGAUGACAGCUUAUGAAAGCUUGAUUUGGAACGAUUGGGUACCUAAGAUAAGAUCGACUGUCAAUUCUUGGGAUCCUGUUCAGUGUGAAGAUAUGAUCGAAGUCUUUGUUCGAUGGAGACCCCUCCUACCUCAAUUUGUUCACGACAAUUUCCUCGAUCAACUCAUUUUACCUAGACUUGUAUCUUCUAUCGAUAGCUGGAGAUUUCGAGACCGACACUCGAACUCAGUUUCAACCAAUGACGAGGGAGCACCAUCGAUGGCUUUGCAUUUGUUUGUAUUUCCGUGGCUGGAACAUCUUGGUUCGUAUCGUAAUGAAUUAGUAUUACAGGAAGUAAAAUUGAAGUUGGCGACAUGGAUGAAGGCAUGGAAAUUUACAGCGGCUGAAGAUAGUACCAAAGAACAGAAUAUGCUUCAGGACUUGUUAGUAUGGAAACGGGAUGUGUUCAAACGCCGAGACUGGGAUAAGCUAGUACUUAAAAACUUAGUGCCUAAUUUAGCCGGAUACUUAAAAGCACACCUGAUCAUCAAUCCCAAACAACAAGACCUCAAAGCUUUUAAUACUUUGCUUAGAUGGACGACUAUUAUCACGAAUCGUGAAAUACUUGAUGGAUUGUUUUCUGAAUUCUUUGUCAAAUGGCUUGAAACUUUAUGGAUUUGGUUAGUGGCAAGGACUGGGAAUAUGGAUCAGAUUGGAGCAUGGAGCAAUUGGUGGAAAGGCGUGUUCCCAGAUCAUUUGAACAAUGAAGUCCCCGCGAUCCGAGUCGGGUUUGCUCGAGGAAUUGAAAUGAUGAAUCAAGCUCGUUCAUUGUCAUCACUCGGUCUUGACCUUGAAUCGAAACUCGAAAAGCCUGAUCUGGUUGCCAGGCCUCUAAUUGACCUAUCAUCUUCUAAGGAUAGCCAAGGAAGAUCGGGAUCAAAGGACAAGUCUAGAUCUAAAGUCACCCGACGAGCCGGAUUUGAGGAAGUCACUUUCGAAUCGAUCGUUGAAGAAGAAGCGGCUCUAUUAAAUUUAAUUCUCAUUCCGCUUGGUAAAUCACUUGAAUCUAAGGGAAAGUAUCUAUAUAGAGUUUCAAGAGAAUACCAGUCUAAUCAGAAACACUCAUCAGGUUUAGUGAUUUACAUGGAAGAUGAUGUGGUGUUUGUCAAAACUUUAUCCCAAGAUGGUACUGGAGCUGUUGAUUGGGAACCUAUGGCAGUAGAUGAGAUGUUAGCAAAGGCUUCUGCAUUAAGCAAAGAUGACUGAGUAGUGCCAAUUUGGACGGUUUCUCUUGAGUUUCAGGUUCAAUUCGACGUGUUUAUUCAUUUUUUUGCUUGUGAUCUACAUGAGCUAUAUAUGAUGUGGGUCUAGAUUUGCAAAAAAAUAGUCUGUAGUACUGGAUUCUAACUUUUAUUUUGCCCCAUGAAGGCACAUCGAGAUACAAGAGCAAAGUAAAUAACGAAAUAACACUACGUUUCUUAGGUAGAAAUAUCAGUAUGUGAAAGAUUGUAUGAAGUUAUCAGUGAGUCGCUUGUUGACAGUGUCACAUGACUUUUUAAUUGUUGGUUUUGGGUGUGGCAGAUGAUGGAGAUUGUUUUAACAGUUACAUGUGUCAAAUCUCUCAAGAUUUUAGUUGUGGUUGUUUGGAAACUGCUGCUUCUUGAAUAGCAGAUUGCAAAGUGAUGUGUAAUAAAAGUUUAUCAAGGGCUGUUCACUU